GCGCGCGCUGUCAUUUUCAUUUUACCUACGCCGUAUCUUCGUUUCGCUUGCACCCGCGUGUUGCGUUCACGUUCCAGUAAGAUAUAAAUAGGACUUUCAUAGUUGGAGAACGUGAGCUCGACGUCCAGAUUUAGAUAUUUUGGAACAGAACUCGCGCUAAUAAUAAGUGUGAUGUAGACAGUGUUUCGCUCGAUCUCGCCUUUCGCCGUCAGUAGAGAGCGAGUGUCUACUGCGUUUUGUGUGCACAGCGUCCAGAUAGAACGAUGGGUGACAUAUCGGAGCCAAUAAAAAAGUGCAUACUCAUACUGAAGGCGGCGAAAAGUGACACGGAAAAGUUCGCCGCUUUGUUCAUGGUGACGAAACUCGUCAAGGGCAAAGACUGCAACGCUGCCGCCAAGAAGGCCUUAUUCGAAGCCAUCGGUUUCAAGUUUUUGAAGAAGCUUCUCACUGGGAACAGCGUCGACGAUGACUGCCCGCCGUCCGUCUACAAAUCUGUGGCCUUAUCCAUCCUCACAUGCUUCUGUAACGAGCCAGAGCUGGCUACACAUCCCGAAAUGCUGGCUAACAUACCCGUGUUCCUUGAGAUUGUGCAGACUUCUGACAACGAAGACUAUGACGAUAACCUGAUUAUCAUCAGUGAAGCGUAUACGUGCUUACAGUGCAUUGCCGAACAUGAGGCUGGACAAAAAGCCCUCAUCGAAGUCGGUGCAAUCACAAAAAUGUCUGAGAUCUACUCGCACCAAAGCUUCCAAACUGACGAAGCCCUCAAUAUCCUUGUUCAACUAGUCAGCCGUUACGGACCAGCUGCAUGGGGAAGUGACCCCACACCAUUCCAUGCCUUAGUAAACAAGAUUGCAUUAGAUUUCGCAACCGACCAAUCUGAAAGAAAGUUCGAAUUAGCUACUAUAUUGAGUGCUCUAUUAUACAGCUGUAAUAAAACAACUGUGAUCCCAGGAUCGUCAGAUGAAACUUGGCCACUGAGUAUUUACAAAGCAUUGUAUGACAUUUUGACAAGUAAAAUAGGUAAGAACCAAAGAGAUCCUGCACUGAAAUUAGCAGCAAAUAUUAUUGAUUUGCUCGGAGUUGAGUGGACUUUUAAUGAUGAAGAGAAUCCUAAGAAAUUCUUCCUUCUCCUACUCCAGCUGUGCGCCAUUGAAGUGAGAAUGCAGUUAGAAGACAGGAGUUUUAAACAGGCGUUUGCAAAUGCCGAGUUGAUCACGGCUUGCUUUAUAGUACUGGAACAGUCCAUCAAUUACAUGGGCCAAGAUCAGCUAGAUUUAGAACAGAAAGAAAAGCAAUCUGUAUACACAAGUCUGAAAGGUGCAUUUAAUGCUGUUGUAUCAAUAUUAACAAAGGUAUCUAACGACAAAAACAGAGACAAACUUCCUGAUGCUGAAAAAGUUUUCAUAUGUGCAAUGGUUAGAGUCUUAGUAGCAUGGAUUGCCCAAGAGACCACAGCAAUGAGGGAGCAGAUUUACACUUUACUUCCCUUUAUUUUUACGUUGGCAAAUGAUUCUUUCCAUGCUUAUCGAGCCAGACGACUGACAGAGAAAAACAAAUCUGAAGGUGAACCACUAGAUUUGGAUUCACCUUUGAUGGGCCAAAUUGAUUUGCUGCGUUUAAUGUUGCCGGCACUCUGUCACCUUGUCGUUGAAGAUAAAGCCAGAGAUAUAAUCUUAAAUCUUAAACAAGAGGAUAUCCUGUACGAAGCAAUGAACUUCCAUUGGUCCAUUGUUCAUUAUAAAAAACCACCGAUUCCAAAGUCUGAAAGGGGAAAAGCUAGAACUCAACCGGAGCCUGAGUUAGACCCUAAAUUGUUAGAAGAUAUGAAAGACUCUCGCGCAGCCAUGGUCAGCUUAUGCAACAUUUUCAUGAACUUGACAGUUUUAGCGCCAAAAGUAGUUGAAACCAGUAUGCUAUUCAACACACUAUUGAAAUUCAUAUUCAACAAUUUACCAGAACUGAAAAAUAUACCUGAAAAUCUUGUAUUGCACGGCCAUUUAGCAGUACUUGGACUACUUUUGCUGAAACAGCAAGCAAGUAAAGUUAAGAAGAACGACUUCUCCAUAUGCAGAUACAUUCAGUCAACGAUUAGAUUCCUUUGGGACGCAUACAAUGUUGAUGAAUCGAAUGAUCCAAAUGCAUUAGUCGUUUCAAUGACUUAUAAAGAAAAUUGGAGUGAAAUUGCUGAUUUAUGGUUCCUGGGAAUGCAAACUUUGAGUGGUGUCUUGACUAUUAUACCUUGGAUAUCAGAGUUUGCUAUAGAGAGUGGCUGGGCUCAUGGCAUAGCUGAGAUGCUAACAAAAGUCAAGGUUGGCACUUUACCUCCGAACGUUAAGUCAGCAUUCGAAGACUUCUUAUGUAGGCUUGUAGAUUCAAAUGAAAGUGCCAUCCCUGUUCUCAAAAAGGGUGGCGCUUUAAAAAUGUGCCGAAACCACCGACUAAUGGACUUGGGAAAGAAAUUAUUUGGUGACUAAUGUAUGGCAGACAUAUUCCUGAUUUUGUAUUAAUUAUUUUCUUCUUUUUUUUACCAAUGAAAAGUACUUACUCUAAAAUUAUUUUUAAUGUUACUUAUUUUUAUGUAACACACUGUAAAUAUAUUUCUGUGAUUACUUUCUAGGUUAAAAAAAACUGUUGCUGUCUAAUAAAAUAUUGUUGCAAAUUAAAAAAGAAUUAAAACUGAUAAUAAAAUUGUUUUGAAUGAA